UUUUAUAUUUUCGACUAGCAAUGUUUUAGUUAAAUUCUCUAUUAAAAAUAAUGUAUUGUCUUGUCUAUGGAACAUUUCAAGAAGGCGAGCGUUUGAGAUUAAUAAUUUCGUGAUAAAAGUACAUUUUUGCUCAAACCAAUUGAAGAACGAUCUAUUUAUAAAGUUGAAGAUUUUCGAUUUAUAAAGGAUUAAACAUAUUUUAAGAUGGCAGUAAACGUGUAUUCAACAAAUGUCACGUCCGAGAACCUCUCAAGGCACGAUAUGCUGUCGUGGGUGAACGACUGCUUGCAAUCCAACUUUGGCAAGAUUGAGGAGCUUUGCACGGGCGCCGCAUACUGCCAGUUCAUGGACAUGCUGUUCCCUGGCAGUGUGCCGAUGAAGAGAAUAAAGUUCAAGACAAAUUUAGAGCAUGAGUACAUACAAAACUUCAAAAUUCUACAAGCUGGUUUCAAAAAAAUGUCUGUAGAUAAGGUAAUACCGGUGGACAAGCUGAUAAAGGGGAGGUUUCAAGAUAAUUUCGAGUUUUUACAGUGGUUUAAAAAGUUUUUUGAUGCCAAUUAUGAUGGGAGGGAGUAUGAUGCUUUUGAGGCCCGGGGUGGUAUAACCAUCGGGUCUGGCGCCUGCGACAGCGGGGUGCCCCUGUGCGCGGCCGCGGCCCCUCCGCCACCGCGCGUGCGCCGCGCCGUGCCGGUGCAUCACUCGGGCAUUGUCAAGGCAAACACCACAGUACGCUCUCCACCAGUCAACUUGUCCAGAAUAAAUCAAUCCGCGAAAGGAGACUCAAAACUAGUUGACGAAUUAAAUCACCAGGUCAAUGAAUUAAAAGCGACAGUUGAUGGACUUGAAAAAGAAAGAGAUUUCUACUUUGGUAAACUCCGGGACAUAGAAGUGAUCUGUCAGGAUAUGGAAGAACAACAGAAUGCUCCCAUAGUUCAAAAGAUAUUGGACAUCUUAUAUGCAACUGAGGUAAAUAUUGACGGAUUCGCGGCUCCCGAGGAAGUGGACGGUGAGACCCCCCACCCACCAGAGGAGGACGAAUAUUGAAAGUGUAACAUGUACGCGUAUCAUAGUGCUCUUUGUAUAUUAUAAACUCGAAAUUAUAUCGCUUAAAUCAUCGACAGCAUUGAGUGCUUAGUAUUUCACAGCCAAUGAGUCGUUUAGGUAUAGGAUAAUUAUUAUUACCAGUGUGGGCAACACUGUAUGUAAAAUUACAGGAAUAUAUAAAUUACUUCUCAUACUAAAAGCUUCUUCAUCCAUUCUAUAUGUCAACAUUUUCAGCAAGAAUUUGAUGUUAUAUUUAUAGGUUACUCGAAAAUUAUAUCACGUGUGAGUAACAUUGUGUGGAAAAUUACAGGAAUAAAUAAAUACCCUCACAUACUGAAAGCUUUUUGAUCCAUUUAAUAUAUGUCAAUGGCAAUUGUACAUAUUUAGCAAGAAAUUGAUGUUAUAUAUUCUGCAAUGUAGCUAACUAUAUAUAUGAAAUGGCAAUACAAGUGGACUAGUAAGGUAUUACCAAUUGUUUAUUAAUUUGAACUUUAUUUCCCAUUGCAUAUUUGUAGAGUUUACUGCUUAUUUUUAAGGUCAAAUCAUGGUCAAAAUAGGUCAUAAUAGCUGGGACAGUGGCCCAAAAUGGCUUCAUAAAGUUCCUAUAAGCAUUAUUUAAAUAAAUUACUGGAUCACAAUGAUUAUAAUGCAUCAAUUAUGUUAUAUGGAUUUGAAAAAUUAUAUAUAAAAAUAAUAUACUCUAAAUAUUUGUAUGUUGACUUAAUUGCAGCAGUAGAGUAACACAUGGCUGUGUCAUACGUAAGUGCAUUCCUUAUGUAAUUAGGAGCGUUCAUUCUUGACUGAUUUCUUCAAUUCUUGUUUGUUUGUUUGGUAGACAUUUCUUUGUAAACGAAGUUCUAAAUUGUGUGAUGUAACAAAUAUUUGGAUAAUUUCUCCAGUGGCUACUUAUUUCAUUGUUCGUCAUUGAUGAUAUCUGUUAUGGUUUUAUUAAUUAGAUUAUUAGCAUUUUAACCUUGUGUAUUAUAUUCUUUUAAAAAUGUAGAACUAAAGAUGAAAUAUUAUUGUUAUAAAAUGAAAAUUUCGUUAAGUACAAUACCCUACCCUUAUUGAGACUAUGAAUAAAACAAUAUUUUCUGAAAUUCAUUAACAAAAGGUUGGAGCUUGUGGGCUUCAUAUAAGGAAAUAUUUUCACCAGACAACCAAAAUGAGGGUAUAAUAAAAAAAAUAUUUGUUACAUCACUAACUUGUAUGGGUUUUAAUGUGCAAUGGUGCAAAAAGCGUGCUUCUAUGUAUUGUCCGAAAAAAAAAAACCGGUCAACAUUUUCGCGGGCCCCCGGUGCCUGUGUGUGCAUUUAAUAGGUUGUUAUAAAUGGAAGAGAUUUACUGUUACUUGUUUGUGUUAUAUCUAAAUUUACUCAAAAUUUAACUUACAGUAUUACCACUUUAAUUAGUUUCUUCGGUUAGGCCGAGCUAAUUUUUCGGUGUGGAUCGACAAUUUGCAAACCUACUCGAUAAGGGAUAUUAUAAAUGUUGUAAUACUGUACUUUGGUCGAAAAAAUAUUAUAUUAAUAAAAUGUCGUAUAAUGACGUAACGAAUGUUCGUAUUUGGUAUUAAAAAUUACACCAUUCUCCCCACACAUUUUGGAUUAAAAUUUUUUUUUUAUGUAAUUUUAUUGCUUUUGUUUUUAAUGACGACCCUCGUAAUAUUGUUAUCUUUAUUGAUGUAACAUAUGACCGUAUUAUGAGUAGUAAAGUGAAUAUAUACAUGUGAUCUUUUGUGGUCAAACGAAUGUAGUGUAGCGACAAUUUCAAGUACGGUGCUAGAAACACUGUUUGUAAUUGAAUCACUGAAAUAUAUACUCACAGGCACAAUUAUCAGCCUACUUCAAUAUGACGCGAGUAUAUUAAAGUGGGCGGACAAUUGUGCCACUGGAUAUAUAUUCGUUACAUUACUGCCCUUAAACAAAAUUGCAGUUAUUUAGAUCUGAAUAUACUUUGAAUAGUAGUAAAAUUGGUUAAUUAAUUUGUUUCUAAAUAUGUAAUAUGUAAACUAUUGUAAACAAUAAACAUAGUGGACUACUAAAUGUGACUGCAUUUUUAUCGUGAUUUAAAAUUAUGCGAUUUAUGUUUAAUGCACUAAUAGUAACUAUUAACUAACCAUAGAAAAUAUUUUAAUGAUCAAAAUAUAAUUUGAUAAUAUUAGAAAGUAUAGCGGUAAUCUUUUAAGUGUUAACGACUUAUUGGCAGGUAAAGAUGUUAUCGCUGGUUAAACAUAAUAGAUAAUUAAUUUAUUUACUUUAAGCGUUCAUAAUUGCCUUAACUACAAAACAUUAAAGCCAGAUUUCAAGAUUGUGGAAGUCUUAUCAAAUAAAUAACUAAUUAAUAUUA